CUUUCUUCUCAGUCUCUAUCCACCUCCUGCCGCUGAAUACGAGUCUCAGCUCAGGAUGGAUUCUGCUGGCCAAAAACGAAAAUACACUGAUGGGAGCUCUGAUGAUGACGACGCUGACUCGCCCCCCCGCGCCUCCUUUCGUUCGUUUACCCGCGCCGCAUCGCGUUCUGAAUCCCCUCCGACAGGCGGGUUAGGUCUUGGGAUGGGCCGUGGUCGUGGGAUCGGUAUGGGCAUGGGCCGGAGCCCCUGGAAUAAUAAUGCGACGAAGUCUUCCGCCAGUAACGGCCCUGGGGCCAGCUCUUUUGGAGCUCGCAUGCUGGCUAAGAUGGGUUAUGUCCAUGGCCAGGGUCUUGGAUCGAGUGGACAGGGUAUUAUAAACCCCAUUGAAGCUCAGGCUCGUCCGCAGGGUAUAGGGUUGGGAGCUGUCAAGGAAAAGAGCAAGCAAGCUCGCGAGGAAGAGAAGCGCGCCGCGGUUUUGCGGGGAGACACGGUCGAGGAGAGCUCAGACGAGGAGUUCAGGAGGAAGAAGAAGCGGCAACAGAAAAAGCAUGGAGAGCAUGGAGAAGAAGAGGGACGCCCGGUUGCGAGGAAGAAGCCUCAGUUCCGUACCGCUCGUGAAAUGGAAGCAGAUAUGGCGGGUCUUGAAGUGCCGAAUGUGCUCAAGUCUCUUAUCGAUGCGACUGGCAAGGAACAGAGAGUCCUGACCUCCACAGCCGGACUAAUGACCCCUCUCGAGUUCGUCAACACUGGCCAGAGCGAGGCUCAGAAGAUCGCCCGUCGUGCGCGUCAGGACCUGGAGGCCUUUGCGGAUGAAUGGAAGGGGUUAACGGAAAGGAAGCAGUUUAUCGAACAAGAAGAAGCGCAGGUUGUGGACCAGUUGGAUACACAUCAACAUCAAAUCGACCAACUGACAGCCUUGGUCGCCGCUCUUGGAGCACUAGAAUCGAUCCCCGACGAGAGCAGCGGCAGCUCUCAAGCUAAACUCGACCACGUAACGGACCAGCUGGAGUCAUUGGAAAUCCGCUACCGGAACGAGAUUGACGAGUACAGACUCUCUGAAACUGCAAUAGCCGCUCUCCAUCCUCUAUUCCGCGAAGCUAUGGACGGCUGGGAGCCGCUCAAAGCUCCGACCUACUUGGUCUCUAAUCUACAUCGCCUGCAGCCACUUCUAUCCCGCAAGGCGAGCGACGGGCAACCAACGCAGCGCCAGUCGACCUCUCCCUAUGAAACCAUGAUAUACACUCUCUGGCUUCCUCGCGUGCGAUCUGCCUUACUUAACGAUUGGGAUGUGUUUGACCCUUCCCCUGCCACCACCUUGAUCGUCUCAUGGAAAGACAUUCUUCCGCAGUUUGUCUACGCGAAUGUACUCGAUCAGCUCGUGGUCCCGAAGCUCACGAGCGGUCUGAAAUCAUGGAAGCCCAGCAGCAGACGUUCUGGUUCUUCCUCUUCCUCUUCCUCCCAGCGCGACUCCCGGUUUCCCUGGUGGCUCUUCACAUGGCUCCAAUAUCUUGAUGAGCGGCAUACCAACCCCAAGCAAGCCACUGGACUCCUCUCCGAUGCCAAACGGAAAUUCCGCACUGUUCUCGAUACCUGGGACCUCAGCGCUGGCCCAAUCCGCGGCCUGGACCUCUGGCGCGAUGCUCUGGGCUCCGAAUUUGAUAUUUGCUUGCGCAACCACCUACUCCCCCGUCUUGCCCGCCGUCUGCGGGACGAUUUCGAUGUCAACCCUCAAGACCAGGAUCUCACGGCGUUUGAGAAUGUCCUCCAAUGGAAAGAUUGGUUCCGGCCCAACGUCCUUGGCCUGCUCCUUGUCGCUGAGUUCUUUCCCAAAUUUCACCAGAUUCUCUACAUCUGGCUUACCAAUGACCCCAACUACGACGAGGUCGCACAGUGGUUCACCUGGUGGCGAUCACAGGUCCCGGAAAAUCUCAAUGAUCUUACCAUCGUCGAUGAAGAAUGGAACAAGGCUCUUCGCACUAUGGAUCUGGCUGCUCAGCUUGGCGAUCGUGCCGCCGAAGAACUCCCGGCACCGACCGCGGUCGGCGCGAAACCGAAAGCAACUCAACCGACGAAAUCGGCAGAGCCUGCGCCAGCAGCACCACCCCCGUCGCGCAAACCCAAGGUGGUCGAGGAGGUGGCUUUCAAGGAUAUCCUCGAAUCUUGGUGUGCCGAUGAAGGUCUCAUCAUGUUGCCUCUCCGUGAAGCACAUCCACAAAAUGGUCAGCCUUUGUUCCGGAUUACCGCCAGCGCCACGGGCAAGGGAGGCGUGGUUGCGUUUGUCCAAGGAGAUGUGGUCUGGGUUCAGAAUAAAAAAGCGAAGGAAGUUUGGGAACCGAUGGGAUUGGAGGAGCGGUUAGUAGAACGUGCCGAAGGGAAAUGAUUUAAUCCCAUUGUUUUUCUAUAAAAAAAAAAAAGAAUCUCGUCCAUAGAUAUGAUACCCCUUUAGCUCACAUUGAAUGAUAUCCUUUC